AUGGACCAGGACCACCUGUUUCACAUAGGCAUGAAUGUGACCAAGAGUACAUUUAGUAAUUCUGCUGUACUAAAACUGCUCAAUGAUCCGUUGGAACAUUUCGAUGUAGUUAUCGCGGAGUGGAUGUUCAACGACAUUUAUUCCGGUUUUUCAGCUGUAUUCAACUGUCCAUACAUUUGGUCCUUCUCUCACGAGCCCAACUUCGACGCUUUAAGUCUUAUUGACGAGCCAACUAGUCCGGCGUAUACAGCUAACGUUCAAUUCAGCGAUAUACCACCGUUCAACUUCAGACAACGUGUUUUUGCCUUGUGGUUUCAAACAACAUCCAAAUUCAAACACAACAUCUUCUACGAACCUGUACUUAGAGAUUUUUACGAAAACACUUUUGGACCUGCAACGGUUAAGAGAGGAAGAAAAUUCCCACCAUAUGAUGAGGUCAAACACAAUGCUUCACUAAUGUUAGGCAACUCGCACGUCUCAAUUGGUCAGGCAAUUAGACUACCUCAAAGCUACAUCCCCAUUGCUGGAUACCACAUUGAAGAUGUUAAGCAAUUACCUGAGGACUUGAAACAAAUAAUGGAUAGCGCAAAGGACGGAGUUAUUUAUUUUAGCUUGGGAUCGAAUUUGAAGAGUAAGGAUUUGCCCGACGAGGUCAAAGCAGAUCUGCUAAAAGUUUUUAGCGAAUUCAAUCAAACCGUCAUUUGGAAAUUUGAAGAAACUUUGCAAAAUAAACCAGAUAAUGUUCAUAUAAUUAAAUGGGCACCACAGACCAGUAUUUUAGCUCAUCCGAAUUGCGCUCUAUUCAUCACACACGGAGGCCUACUCUCCACGACUGAAGCUGUACAUUUUGGCGUUCCAUUGAUAGGGAUACCUGUGUUCUUCGAUCAAAACUUCAACGUCGACUUCUCUGUAAAAAGAGGUAUCGCUCUGAAAGUCGUUUUAACCGAAAACGGAGCGAAAGAUUUACGGAACGCGAUACAUGAAAUCCUGACUAACCCUAAAUACCGUCAGAAAAUGAAGGAGACUUCUUUCAUCUACCAUCACCGUCCCACGCCACCUGGCCAGGCACUGGUGCAUUGGGUGGAGCAUGUAGUCAAAGGGAACUACCAUAUAUUGGCAGUAGAUGGCGCCUUAGAAAUGAUGAAAAAA